AUGGACAUUUUGUACUCUCAUCUAUCAACGCUGUUUUCGCUGUGGUCAUCAGUGGAGCUCGAUGCUUGUUCAAUAAAUAAUAAAUUACAUAAUGUUAUUCAAGAGCUGGAAAAGCUGGUGCGCACUGAGAAGCGAGAAAAGAUGCUAUUGGCGGCCAACAUUGAAGAUGCCAUGACAAACAUAGAUUCAGCAUCACAACUGCUGGGUGUAUCGCUGGAAAGCAUGCUGUAUUCCAGCAUCAAUCAUGAUAGGAUCAACAUUUCGCCGGAAAUACUAUCCAUCUACAAUGAUCUGAACCCUACGUUUCCCAAACAAAAGACAUUAACAGAGUUAGACUCCAGACUAACACAUGAAAUAUCCACAAGACAAAAUUAUGUAAAUGAAUGGUUGACAUCCAUACAAGAUUUGUGCACUUUACUCCAGAUACCAUACAGAUUCAAGUCAAUCGAGGAGUAUCUUGAAAAUGAUUUGUCUUGGGCCACCGUACAAUCAAUAAGUUGCGAAAUACGUGAUUUAAGGGAAAUUGAGACAUAUCGCAUCCAACAACUGAAUUCAUCCGCUAGAACCAUCCACUACUACUGGCAUAUGCUCAACCACCAACCCACUCAAAACGACGACGGCAAUGAUGCCAUCGAGACAUGCUUAUCCGCCUUAUACCAAAACUUCCCCCUGGACAUUGAUCUGAGUAUGAUGAAAGAGCAAUACGAAUCGGUCUCGUUUGAUUACUACCAUCAUCCCUCGAAUCAACUGCAAUUGACAACAUCCACACUCAAUGUACUUUUACAAAAGCAGCACACUCUGCAGACACUGUACGAAGAUAGAAUUCGAGUGUACAACCACUCGACGACCAGAAUUAAGGCUGUUUGGGAAGAGUUUAAUAUACCCAUCUUGGAGAGACCUGUCUUGCCGCUGAGAUUAAGCGAUCAAGACAUGAUUCAAUUGCAGGAGAUCGUAAACAGCAUUGAUCCACUGGUAAAGAGCGUAUUUGACAAAUACAUUCAGCAGUUUAAGGAUCAAUUGAUACCCUUGUGGGAUGCUUGUCUCCUAUCAGAAAUAGAACGCACAGAAUUCGUUACAUCCCUUUACGAAAAAAAUACAAAAUUGGAAAUUAAAUCACAAGUCGACCAUCAUAUGACAUAUCUUACAAGCAUUCACAUUGAAGGCCAAGCGUUAAAGGCACUCAUGAAGGAAAGAAAAGACUUGAUUCAGAAAAUGAUUGAUUUCGAGAAAACUGCCUCUGAUCCAAAGAGACUGUUCCAAGCAUCUUUCCAGCUGUUAGAAGAGGAGAAAUGGCGUAAUAAUUGUUUGCCACGCCUAUUGUAUUUGGACCGUCAAUUGAUCAAAGCGCUCAAUGAGUUUGAAAAGCUGGCUGGCAAACCUGUGAUGAUCGGUGAACGACGCUAUCUCGAUACGCUGCUGGAUGAAAUUGCGGAUAGAGAGGCAAACCAGACCUUCUUUGGCUUCCUCAAUUCUGACCCUGUUCACACACCAAAACGUGUAAAGAGUCGACCUGUAUCAGUGGGUAGCUUAGGAUCCGUCAUGCAACCUAAAAAGCCACAUCAACUAAAAACACGCGCUGUAUCUGCUAUCAUGACCUCAGUCGUCAACAAUAGUACACAAGGCUUACCAAAGAAGAUAAAGCCAUCGCAAUCCAUGCCACUCAAAAAGAAACUUGUCGUGAAAUCCCCUAUUCCAACAGGUGACCAGCAACCAAAGAAGGACGAUCAGCCUACGCCAUCACAUCAAGGUGAAAUCUACUCUUCCUCUGCAUAUAUUAAUUCCAACAUCACUCUUACAAAAGCAUUCAGACAAAAAGGCCAAAUGGCCUCUCUCAUACCCAUACCUGCUUCUCGAGCAUUAACAACCACAAAAUCUGUUUAG